UGAUGCAACGCUGGCCUUUUUGGCCCUCUGUGGUCCUGAUUUGCCUUUUAACCCUGUGGCAGGAGGCAGAGACAGCGUUCACCAUAGACUGGGUAAAGCUUGACCUCCUUCCAGGAGCCACAGUAAACAGUGGCACCAACUUGACCUUGCAUUGUGAGGCCAAGGUCUACCACAGUUCCUCACAGCUUGUCCAGACCUUCAGGUUCCUACAGAACAAUGAAGUAAUCUACUCCCAGGAAACCAGUGAAGCGGUGGUGGAGCGCAGCCUUGUCCCUGCCAGAGCUUCCAACUCAGGUUCUUACAAAUGCCAAGUCCAGAUCGAGAAGAGGAAAAAAGACAGCCAGACACUGAGUCUUACCGUGACAGGUUUGCAGACACCGCAGCUGAAAGUACACCCCAGAUUUGUCAAUGAGGGGGAUGAGAUUACAGCCACAUGUGGUGCACCAGAGGAGACUGGUAGUCUGUCCUUCCACUUCUUUCUAAACAAUCAAGAGUUAAACACACAAGACUCCAAAAACAAUUCUGUGACCAUUGUUAUCAAGCCUGAUCAACGGGGCAAGAUCCAACUGCACUGUAACUACAGGCUUUCGCUACAUCCCAGCACGGUAUCAUCCAACAACAGCAACAAUGUGGAAAUCCAUGUACAAGAACUUAAUAUAACACCAUCGAUAAGAAUUUUGCCCAAUGCCGAUGUUGUGGAGGGUGACCGGGUGCACAUUAGCUGUAACGUCUCAGGCUACCAGCGUGAUCUGAACGUCUUCCUCUUUGCAAACACGCUGCUGCAUGAAGAUAGCACAUCAUUCACUCACAGCUUUCAAGUGACUGCAAACGACUCUGGAAGGUAUACGUGUAAAGCUGAAAAGAACAAUGUGGAGAAGUCCUCCACAACCUGGCUGGCAGUUGAAGAGCUGUUUUCGGCACCAGUUCUAAAAAUUACUCCAGAGCAGGUCUUCGAGGGACAGAACUUUCACCUGAACUGUAUGAGUUACGAUAUUUCCAAAAAACGAAUCAAUAAUACAGAUGUGAGGUACACUCUGUUUAAAGGCCAGCAUCUCUUGAAACGCAGCUCCAUCUACAACAGUGUAGCAAACAAAGCCAGCUCAGGAAAUUAUACCUGUACAGCUGAGGCUAAAGGGAUCCGCAAAACCAGCAUGUCAUUGCUUCUAAAUGUUAAAGUUCCAGUGUCUGUCCCAGUCAUCCGCACAGUGGGACCAGUGAUAAUAGGACAGCCAUUUCAGCUCAUCUGUGAGAGCCAGCACGGAACGCUACCGAUCCACUAUACCUUAUUGAAGUCACACCACCCAGUGGCACACACGACGGUGACUGGACCUCUGCGUAAUGCUUUAUUCAACAUCUCCUCUAUCAGAUACAGAAAUGAGAGUCAGAGCUUCUCCUGCCGGGCACAGAAUCAGGGACCACUGUACAAUAAAUCUAGCCAAGCCCUCAGUACACAAGAAAUAGAAACUGUAUCCAUACCUGAGCUGACCCUUGACAUUAAGGGCUACAUGGCCACAGAGAACACGGACCUCCGCCUCUACUGUUGUGUGCACCAGGGUACUGUCCCAAUCACCUUUACCUGGUACCGCAUUGGAGAUUCAGCUCCACUUUUCACCACACGCAUCAGCAAGACUAAAGAAAUGUACACGAUCAACUCCAUUACCAGCAACCACAAAGGAAGGUAUUACUGUGAAGCGUCCAAUGAUGCUAAUGUGACCUGGCAGAGUCUUCCUGUCACCAUCGGAGUGAAUUGGGCCAUUUGGAAGAAGGCUCUCAUUGGUGUGGCUUGCAUCUUUCUGUUGGUGCUCAUAAUCGCCAUUCUUGUCAUGUUCCUCAAGAAAGCACGAGGUCCACGCAAACAAAACAGAGCAGUGCAGGUGUCUGUAAAGUCUGGACAUCAUAAAUCAGAUGAUCCAAUGAGAAUAAGCUUGACACUUGAUAUUGAGGACAACGCUGCAGUCAAUGCAACUCCUUGUAUCAUGGGCAGAAAUGUGUGGAGCGAAAAUGUGUCGAGUUCAGAAUCAGAAGAUGAGAGCAUAAAGGAUGAGAAAAUGCAGCCAUACAGUGACUCGCCUCCCAUGCAGGAUGUGGACACUAAUACAAAGGAGGUGUCGCAGUCACAUCAAGAUGAAUUGCCAGAAGCCCCUGUGGUGCAUGAUACAGAUACAGAGAAGCAUGAGGUGCAGGAAUGCACACAAGGUUCAGCAGAUCAAGUGGAUCAGCCGGCUCUGGAGUACGUCCAGCUUAAUCAUACCAAAGUGGAAUCUGCAUAGACUGUGCAGGCUGUUCCCUUCACACCAAGAACAACCUGCACCCAGUCAUCACACUGUUUAGUAACUGUACAACUAACUUAUUCAGCUUUUAUUCCAGCUGCAGCUUCCUCCAGAGAGGAUAUUCCUCCAUUGUGCAUUGUACACAUUCUAUUCCACUUCCUCAUGCGUGCCUACUUCCAGAGAUGGUGUGAAUUCAUGGAUGCAGGAAUGGUGUUAAGAUAUGACAAUGUUUGUAUAGCACAGAAUAAAGCUUGUGUUUUUAAA